AUGACGACGCCUCGUUGUUUCAUCGUCCGACACGGCGAGACCGAAUGGUCCCUUUCAGGCAAGCACACAGGCACAACAGACAUUCCCCUGACCAAGAAUGGGGAGAAACGAGUCCGCGCAACAGGACGAGCACUCGUCGGCGACGACAGACUGAUCGUCCCAAAGCAGCUAGUCCACAUCUACGUCUCCCCUCGCCACCGCGCCCAAAGAACCCUCGAACUCCUCAACCUAGGCUGCCACGAGCCCUACCCCUGGCAAUCCACCUCGACAAGCCCUCCACCACCCGAACAACCACCUCAUAUUACGACCGCGCAGGUAACCGUCGAGCCUCGCAUCGCGGAAUGGGACUACGGCGACUACGAAGGUAUCACUAGCGCAGAGAUACGGACGCAGCGUAAAGAGCAAGGAUUGGACGAACACUGGGACAUCUGGCGCGACGGGUGUCCUGGGGGCGAGAGUCCUGAGCAGAUUAUCGCUCGCUUGGAUAGCCUCAUCUCCGAGAUUCGCGAAAACCACCAUAGCAAGGUCAUAGGCAAGCCGAAACAGCCCGGUGUGACCGGGGACGUCCUGGUCGUAGCCCACGGCCACAUUCUGCGGGCCUUCGCCAUGCGCUGGAUUGGACGACCAUUAUCAGAGACGGCGAUGAUCAUGGAGGCUGGUGGUGUAGGCACGCUGAGUUACGAGCAUCACAAUAUCCAAGAGCCAGCAAUAUUGCUAGGCGGCGGAUUUGUCGUCGGCGAAGAGAAAUAA